GGAACCGGCGGGAGGGGCUGAGCUCUGCAGGCGGGCCGAGGGCGCGGGAGCUGCGGGCGGCCGCCAUGGAGGCAGCCCCGGUGGCGAUCGCUGUGGCCGUGGUAGCCGCGACUGCCCUGCUGCUGCUGCUGCUGCGAGGGACGGGGCGAAGGGCGAGCGGCCGCCUCACCCUGCAGGACCCGCUCGCCAAGUACCCGCUGCGGCUGGUGGACAAAGAGGAAAUCAGUCAUGACACUAAGAAAUUCCGAUUUGGGCUACCUUCACCUGAUCAUGUAUUAGGAUUACCUGUAGGUCAACAUGUUUACCUUUCUGCAAAGAUUGAUGGUAAUCUGGUGAUUCGAGCCUAUACCCCAGUUUCCAGUGAUGAGACAAAAGGUUACGUUGAUUUAAUUGUAAAGGUCUACCAUAAAAAUGUGAAUCCUAAGUUUCCAGAAGGUGGGAAGAUGUCCCAGUACCUAAAUGACAUGAAGAUUGGAGACAUUAUUGAUUUCAGAGGGCCAAAUGGGCUCCUUGUCUAUAAGGGGACAGGUACCUUUCUUAUCAAGCCUAAUAAGAAGUCUGAAGCAGAGAAGAAGUUUGCAAAGCAUCUUGGAAUGAUAGCUGGAGGAACAGGAAUAACACCCAUGUUGCAGCUGAUUCGUCGUAUCACAAGUGAUCCCAAGGACUCCACAAAAUGUUACCUUCUUUUUGCUAAUCAGACAGAGAAAGAUAUAUUACUGAGAGCUGAGCUAGAAGACAUUGCUAAGAGGCAUCCUGAUCAGUUCACGCUUUGGUAUACACUGGACAGACCUCCACAAGAUUGGAAGUACAGCUCUGGCUUCAUCACUGCAGACAUGAUUAAAACCCACCUCCCCUCCCCUGGCAGUGAGACGCUCAUUCUCAUGUGUGGGCCCCCACCUAUGAUUCAGUUUGCAUGUCAGCCCAACCUGGACAAGCUUGGCUAUCCCAAGGGCAGCACAUUUUCUUACUAACAUUGAUGUCACCUGAUACCUUUUUUGUAAGUACUGCCUGUUUUCUUACAAGAACAACCAGCAUCUCGACUGUACAGUAUUUCUUUUGUGUGUGUGUAUUUUUUAAGCCACUUAAUUGGAUUUCUGUGGUUUAUAGCUUCAUAAUUACCUUUGUGUGUUUUAAUGCAGAGAAGCUGAGAGAUCACCUUGAAUGGUGUGGCAGUACUUUAGUCUAACCUCUUCACUUAGAAUGAAAUUUGAAUUCCAAAAGUCAGAUAAAACUGUGGGUAUGGACUUUGGGAAGGCUGGACUAGGAUUAUUUGGCUGCUCCAAAUUCAAGUAAUUCAUUUAGUGAAUCCUGCGGAAGGUGUGGAUGAAGAACAGUUUGGGCUUUUUUUUUCUUUUAAAUGCUAUUUUACAGCCCUUUAGCACAGACCAAGAAACAAGUCACAGUAUGCUAGUGAAGCAGUGAGCAGAAUUUGAGUAACAUGCAAAUUGCUUAUUAUUGUAACAGAAAUUCUCAUUACUUUGACAUUUAUUUGGGAGGAUUACAUUACUUCAGGCUGUGUCCCUGAGCUAAACAAUCUCUGCCACAGGAAGCUCUGGGCUGCAUAGAGAGAUAAAACUACUCAGUGAUGUUAUACCAUUUGAAGAGCAUUCUUGCCUUUGCUUGCUCUUUUGGCAGUUUCAAAUUUCCUUUGCUUAUGGGAAGCUUCUUGCUUCCCCCUGUAAGCUACACUGAGUCGGUCUUAUAUACAGCUAAGCCUCAUCUUAGUGUGUUUACCACAUAGCAUUUAAUGACUGCCUUAAGUACCACACGUUCAUUUCCAGGCAUUAGUGCAGCCUAUAUUUGCUUUAGGGUCUGACACAUCCCUGAGCCAGAAAACUUGUUUUUUUUUCAGGUGGUAAUGAAUAUUUUUAUUCAUCUAAAGCAAAACAAAAGUAAUCUACUAUUUGAAAAUGGACAUGAGAUUUUGUGCUUCAUCCGUUAUAUUUCUAGCAAUAAUGCAAAAAAAAGACACAGGGAUUCCAACUGUGAUUCUGGCCCUGAUGAGAUCAGCCACAUCUGUUUGUGUUAGAAUGAUUCUACAGGCAGCAGGAGAUGGAGGAGCAUUCAGAAUUUAUUAAUACCAGUCAAAAAAUAAGCAUUUAUGCCAGUGUUAUGCUAAUUAGGAUUUUUUAAUCUAUAUAUAUAAAAAAAUCAAUAAUUCUGUAGAUUGAUUAUUCACAGCUGAGUUAUCACAACACCACACUGAAUCAUACGUAUAUCUUCAAACCAAAUCUGGAAAUCUGCUUGGGAUAUCCCAGUGAUAAGAAGGCUGUCUCUGGGCGCAGCUUAACCUAUUUGUAAUGCUGUAAUAAGUCUGCCAGCUAAUUAACCUGACAAAGUAUUUCAAAAGCCCAUAGUAUAUGAUCUUGUCAUUAGUGUUGAUUGAAUUGCCAGAUGGGGGAUGUACUUGACUGGUACAUUUAAUACCUUUUAUUAAGCAUAUUUAGUUUGCUGAUGGACUUCUCAUUCCUUUGGAUUUUCCAUUAUCAUUUCACUGUUCAGCAACUGAAAAAAAAAUACUUGCCUUGGUUUUACCAUUUCAGACAAUAAAUUUAUGUGUUCCACUUCUCAAA